GCGCUCAAGAUACGAAACAUUCGUCACGCGCUAGUUUGAUUUACUGCGCAUGUUCCGGCUGGGAUGUCAUAUUCUGCUUUCUGCAACAAUUCACUUUCCACAUUCUGUUGUUUGUUUAUUCUCGAAAUAGUUAAAACUACACCCUCUCUGCUUGAUAGUUUUGUCAAAAAGCAGAUUCGAAUCUAUUGUGAAAAACUCGCGAAAGAUGUGAAUUUAAUUCGGAACGUUCCACGACGUUCCUACUGGACAAAUCUGUCCAAUAAUAGACAUUGCGUAGCAUGUCGUUCAAUUCUGGCUGUUUACUUCUUCUGCUGUAGUUUGUAAGAAAUGUCCGAUUUCGAGUUCCUACCCUUCGAGAUCUGCUGUAUGAUAUUCGACUAUCUCAGUGUGGCAGAUCUGAAGAAUGCUUCCCUCACAUGUCGCCGCUGGUGUCACAUUAUAUUUUCCGACAGUUACAUCCGACGAUUCAUGCUUAAGAUCAACCUGCACCGAUCGGAUCAAUCUAAGGUGGUUAAAUCCAACGGAUCGCUCGUGGCGUGCGAUCGAUCGUCCCGUGUCUCGGUGCCUAGCUCCUUUCCCUGUUCCUUGUAUCAACGCUGCCGGAUGGGAAAGGUGAAGUCCAAAUGUGAGCUACGUCAGAUGUCCCUGGUACUGAGACGAUCCUGUCGACACUACAGCAACAUAACGUUCGUCUGCGACAAUCGAAGUGAAUUUACGGAUAAUGUUUUCAACGUCAUACUAAACUUGCUGCGACCCAGCGGUCUGGAGCGGGUGGAGCUGUUGAAAAUUAUUCUUUCCUCCAAUUUAAAUGUUCUCAUUACGAUACUGAAUAGUGCCAUUAGAAACAUGAUACGGUUGAAAAGUUUCCAUCUAAUCUACGAUCCGCAGCGUAGGCUGCAGUGUGGCGAUCAAAUAAGACCCUGCAUUGUGAUCGAGAGUCCCACUAUUACGCACAUUGAACUGAAAUCCGUCAUUCCGGAGCAGAUUAAAUUACCAAAGUUAAACUCGUUGAAUGUUAGCCUGCAGCCAGGGAUAGCGAGCAUUAUCGAGAGCGUUGCUGAUAACCUCGUAACGUUACAGCUGCAGCUAGACUGUUCGACUGCGAACUGCGGCGAAAAGGAAAUCUACGCCUUAACGCUCGAUCGUCUCAAAGUGCUCAAGCUCAGUAGAGGAAUCAUGAAUGAAUUCAGCUUUCCCAUUCCCGUCAGUUCAAACCGACCGGGACUCAAGUUGCGUUUCUUUCGGCACCUGGAUAAACUAGAGAAGCUGAUUCUGGAGGAAAAGUACACAGCGGAAAACAUUUUCCUAGCCAUCUGCGAAACGUCACGUAAUCUAGUAGAGCUCAAAAUAGAUCACCUGAAAGUCAUUAACUGUGCCGUUCUGGAGAGACUAUCGCUAUUGCCGAAUCUUAAGAUACUUGCUCUGCCGAAUAUUUACUCCUCGCACGAGAUCUCUUUUCACAACGUCUACCUGCCCAGGCUGGAAAGCCUCCACCUGGAGAUAUAUAAGGAUUCCACACACUCGUUCUGUAAGUUUGUUAAUCUGAAAUGCCUGACAAUCGGUUCGUACUCCUCGCAAGCACCGGAAGUCAUCGACAUCAUCUCGAUGUACAUCCAGCAGUUGCGCGAGUUGCGGUUGUACUUUCUGGACUACGCGGAUGUUUCGUCGCGCACGUUCCGUAAGCUAGCCUACCUGGGACAGUUGCGCAAGCUCGAACUGCUCAAGGGCUACUUGCGGCGUGAUGUGUUUGGCCGCUGUCCGCCCGGGUUGAGCGAACUGGAAGCGAUUGUGUUCAAGUUCUGCCAGUUGGACACGCAGUACUUCGACGGAUUGCGCGAGCGUUUUCCCCGACUGCGGGAUGUUCGCUUCGAGGACUGCAUGGUGCGCGGGCAGUUGCCCUGUUCGGAGAUGUGGCUUAGCUAUCGUUAGAUAGAGGAAGGUUAUUGAGUUUGCGAUGAGAGGUUGUCAGAUUUUAUCGUUAAUAAAAUUUUGUUGAUUCUGAACGUUGAAA